AUGGAUGAAACUUCAGUAUAUUUUGAUAUGUCAAGAGGAUUAACUAUCAGCCAAAAAGGUGAAAAAACAGUACAUAUUAAGUGUACUGGUAAUGAAAAAAAUAGAUUUACUGUGGUUUUAACCUGUGCAGGAGAUAAUUUAAUGGAUCAAAAUUGA